AUGUCAUCGAGUGUUGAGAGAAAAUCAGCUCAAAAACAUGGUCCAAACCAUGAUGAUGAUUCGGAUAUUCCGGCUAAACAAGCACGGUCAGAUAAAGCGAAUGGCACCGCUCAUGAAAAAACUUCAUCGACAAAAAUAGUAGAAACAGGCAGUUUAUUUUUUAUGUAUAAGCCAAAAGUCGAUGUUGAUGAAGCAUCAAAUUUAGAUGAAGUACAACGUUUUCAUUUGAUGAUGAUACCUGAUGGUCAAGUAACAACAAAACGUUUGCUAAUUAUAGCCAAAAAGAAAUUACCAAAAUCAAAACGAGAUCGUCAUUGGGCAUUUGUUCAAAAAACAGCGGAUGAUGUUGAAGAAAUAGCUGAGAGCGCCCUUGAACAAGAAACAUAUGAAACAAAAACGAAAGGAACAAGACACGUGAAAGCUGAUCGUAUGGCAGGAGAAGGAAAAUACGCCAUUAUUAAACAUGAAGAUCAUUCACAUAUUGCGUAUGUUCUAGAAAGUCCAGAAGAACUAGGUGAAGUCCAAAAGGCGUUCAAUAUUCAAAAAGAAGACUCAUUUAUUGUUACUGUUAAAAACCCUCACAAGAAACAAACACAAGGUGUUGGCUUGCCAUCAAAAGAUAAAGUUAAAUAUCCCGAAGAAAUUCAAGAAAUAUUUGAUGAUCAUGCUUGGAUACCUGUGGAACCAGAAUUGUUAGAGUUUGAAGGUACCGAAAUGAUAUGGAUUCCAUCAGGCCAUGAUAUUGAACACGGGCUCGGAAAAGCAGGAAAAAAAUUAGAACAAAUUGUUGAUACAAAAAAUGCCAAAGAUGUAAUGGCCGAAGCACAUUUGGAUCCUGAUGAGCAUCCAACACAAGCACUUAAAGAUGGAAAAUGGCCAAGUCCGUCAAAAGAAUAA